CCGUGAUAGACAGUCAGGCGAGUCACGUUACGAUGAGAGUUAUGGUUUAAAAAGGGACCGUGCUUUUCCCCUUCCUCCAUUUUCGUCCUUCUCGAUAAAAAAGAUUACGAUAUAUCGUAAACGGAAACGCAAUAAAAGCGCGAGGCUACGCGCUAAAAUGAGUCUCAACAUAACGAAGUUGUUCUCGAGGAAAAAAACUGGCCCAAUCAACGACACGGUUGCCGCCGAAAUUGGUUUACCCACCAACGUUUCUCAUCAAUUUCAUGUGAGUAAAAAUGCUGAAACCGGACAAUUGGAAGGUCUCCCCGAAUCUUGGAUUCGCCUGCUCAACACUCAGAUAUCGAAAUCAGAGCAGGACGAGCAUCCUGCAGCCGCCUUGCAGGCCAUUAAAUUCUAUAAUUAUUCGAUCAAACGAAAACCAGAGGAGAAGGUAUUCAAACCUUUCGUCACGGAGGAUUUGAUCGAGGAAGAAUCGCAAGAAAUUGAUAAAAUCCUGUCAAAGAAAUGUCAGUCCAGAGAUUCGGACGGUUCAACCUCUGUUGGUUCUACGGAUAGUCAAGUACAGAGGUUACCAGAGCUUCCACCUAAAGCAAUUGUUUACAAGACUCCAAAAAUUACACCAGAAAUAUUCCACGAUAGAGUAGAGAAGACUCUUACAGAGAUCCUUGAAGAUUUAAAUACAUAUCGCAUCGAAGAUGAUCAGUUCCCAGAAGAUGAAAAUGCUCCAAACAGAGCAGAGGAAAGUCCUGUUCUUCGAAAGAAGGUGGACUCCACAGUGAUGAAACUCACUGAUGAAGAAAUUUUUGAAGAACUUCGGGCUAUUUGUCAUAAUGGAGAUCCUAAUCUACGUUUUGAAAAAACUAAGGAAGUUGGAGCCGGUGCUUCAGGUACUGUAUUUAUAGCCACUGAUUCACAGACUAAUCACAGAGUUGCUAUAAAAGAUAUAGAUUUAUCAAAGCAACCUAAAAAGGAACUGAUAUUGACUGAAAUUAAGGUUCUCCAAGAGUUUCAACACCCAAAUCUUGUCAACUUUUUGGAUGCGUAUCUUGUAAAUGAACAUCUCUGGGUAAUUAUGGAAUUGUUAGAAGGUGGACCGCUUACGGACGUUGUUACAGAAACUGUAAUGAAAGAAACUCAGAUAGCAGCAGUUUGCAGAGAGGUUUUAAAGGCAAUUAAUUUUCUACAUUCAAGAGGAAUUAUUCAUAGAGAUAUUAAAUCAGAUAAUGUGCUACUUGGUAUGAAUGGUGCUGUGAAAGUUACAGACUUUGGUUUUUGUGCUAAUAUAGAUGGUGAUGAGAAACGACAAACUAUGGUUGGUACUCCUUAUUGGAUGGCACCAGAAGUAGUGACAAGAAAACAAUAUGGCAAGAAGGUGGACAUUUGGUCUUUAGGUAUUAUGGCUAUUGAAAUGAUAGAAGGUGAACCACCUUACAUGAAAGAAACACCUUUAAGAGCCUUAUAUUUAAUUGCUGCUAUUGGUAAACCUUCUAUUCCCAGAUGGGACACAUUAAGUCCGACAUUUCAAAACUUCUUAGAAAGAUGUUUGGCUGUUGAAGUUGAUGAAAGAGCAACAGCUGAAGAAUUGUUAUGUCAUCCAUUUCUAGAGAAUUGUGCAGAUUUAACAACACUUACACCAUUAAUUCGAGCAGCACAAAUAAUUCUUCAUAAAGCAUUUUACUAGGUAAUUUCCUAAAGUAAAAGUCAGAUAUUUGUUUUUAUUUUAUUAUGCAUUUGAUUAAUCAAAUGUGUGUGAUACUACAUUGAUAGAAUUUAUGCAACAAAAAAUAAUUCUAAUGUUUGAGGAAUAUAAUUGUAUGUAGUACUGCAGUUUUACAUAUUUUAUAUGCAAACUACCUACAGUAAUAUCAAUGUUCUACCAAAUUUAUAGUAGGAAUAGUAGAAAUUGUAGUAACAAAGGAAUUACUGCAAAGCAAUUUUAAUAUUCAUUUUAACCGUUAAUUUAUCGGAUAUAACGAAUACAUGGUUAUUAAAGUGAACGCGAUAGGUUAGUUUCUGUUCGAGUCAAUGAAAAAAUUAUCAUUAAUAUAAAUUAUUAAUAAUCGUUUUAUGUGCAAUAUCGUGUAUCAUUUUAUGUAUAGUGUCACGUAAGCUCUGUGUGUGCUUUUUGUUUUUAUUAUUUUUUUUUUUAAUAUAUAUACUAAGAAAAGUGCAAUUUACAAAGUUCUAUCAAUUCCAGAAUAAAUAGUAGAGGCAAAAAUAAUAUGCCAUG